CCACCGCACAGCACCUGGCGUCCCCACCGGCAGGCAGACUGAAGGCUCCCGCGGGAGGACUAUGCAAGGGAGGAGGCUGUCACUCCUGGCAUUGGCUUUGGCCACCUGCGGGGAGCUCGCAAUGGCCUUAAAAUGUUACACGUGUCAUGAGCCCACGGGCGUGUCCAGCUGCAUCACCGUCACCACGUGCGAUGCCAACGAAACCAUGUGCAAGACCACGCUCUACUCCCGAGAGAUCGUGUACCCCUUCCUGGGAGACUCCACGGUGACCAAGUCCUGCGCCAGCCGGUGUGAGCCCUCAGAUGUCGAUGGCAUCGGCCAGACCCGGCCAGUGUCCUGCUGCAACACCGAGCUGUGCAACGUGGACGGGGCACCCACCCUGGGCAGCCCUCACAGCCUGGCCCUCGCCAUCACCCUCACCCUUGCCCUGCUCUUGGGCCUCCUGUGCUAGAGCCCCACCACCCUACUGCCCACCCAUGCCCAGCCCCACCCCUCAUGCCUCA